CACAACUUACUUCUCAAAGUUUGCGUCUGAUCCUUAUUCACAGAAUAGACAUUCUUCUCGCCCACAAGGAGCAGAUCUGGUCCUCAAUUCACUAUUCCGAACUUCUGUGAAGCCCAGCAUUAGCAAUUCCGCCAAUAUUAAGUACUACGCACGAAAUGUGUACAGAGCCAGUUCGAUGGGCCUAUCAUUUAUUGAUUUUUCUGUUUGAGAGUACAGGAUCAUGCAUAUCAUUUCCUCAAUUUCUGAGACACUCGAUCAUGAUUCUAGCUCACUUGUCCUCGAUGAAACCACCGUGGCUACUUGUCGUGUACUUCGGCCACACACCCCUGGUGUCACCCUUACAUUUUACGGGACCACCGUGCUCACGCUCCUGGACAAGCCGUCAACAAGCAAGGUGAUUACUGCAGUAGCGCUAUGAGCCUGUGUUUAGUAUAUCGGACUAUGAACGAUAACUACUAAUUAGUGCAGCAAACGUAGCAGUCUCGGUUGUCGUCCCAGACAACUCCCCAGCCUGUCUUGCAGUAACUGUAAUUUCCACUAGGCAGGCAAGUAUGCUUGCAUGUGCUAGUAGUGCGAGCGACAGCUGCCUGCACCCCAGCGACAGCAGCGAGGAUUGUGAGGUAGGCGAACUGGAUCUUCAUGGUAUCGUCAGAGUUUGGUUGUGUGGUGUACGCGAAGGUGUUGAUAGUGGCACGUCCAGGAAAAUCUAGACCUAAGAUGGAUACAAUGUUCAAGUUGCGUAGUCUUUACGUCUAAGGAGUGCUCACUGUAGACGGAGCGAUUGUUUUUGAGAAUUUAGGACUCUCCGCAU